AUGAUCGAAUUUCUUAUUGAAAAUGGUGCAGAUAUUAAUGCAAAAAAUAAAAACGGAAUGACCAUUCUUCAAGUGGCAGCUCUAACAAAUAAUUAUGAUGCUGCAGAAUUUCUUAUUUUGCAUAGUAAGAAAAUUAUUACAAAAGGUAAUUUUGGUGAAACAAUUGCCUUUGUCGACGAGCAAGAUAAUGAAGGAAAAACUGCACUCCAUUAUGCAGUUCAAUAUAAUUCAUUUGAUACAGCUAAGCUUCUCAUUUUAAAUGGAGCCAAUAUAAAUAUAAAAACAAAUAACGGAAUUACUCCCCUGCUAGUUGCAAUACACCAAAACAGUUUUGAAAUUGCAGAAAUACUUUUAUCUAAUGGUGCAAAUAUAAAUGAUAAAGAGAUACAUGGAUACUCCUCACUACAUUUUGCAGUGAGUCUGGAAGAUGUAGAUAAAGCAAAAUACCUUUUAAUGCACAAUAUUGACAUUAAUGCAAAAGAUAAUUCUGGUCUAUCUGCUGUUGAUUAUGCAUAUAUUAAAGAAGAUAA